CGGUCGCGCGGGGCGGGGAGCGGGGUCGGCUCUUUGGCCCUGAGGCCCUAGCCGGGCACUCCGUCCGCUCGCCGCCUGCUAGCGUGCUGCCAUGUUGCGUGCUGCCGCCCGCUUCGGGCCCCGCCUGGGCCUCCGCCUCUUGUCAGCUGCCGCCACCCAGGCCGUGCCCGCCCCCAACCAGCAGCCCGAGGUCUUCUGCAACAAGAUCUUCAUAAACAAUGAAUGGCACAAUGCCGUCAGCAGGAAAACAUUCCCCACGGUCAAUCCGUCCACUGGAGAGGUCAUCUGUCAGGUAGCUGAAGGGGACAAGGAAGAUGUGGACAAGGCAGUGAAGGCUGCCCGGGCCGCCUUCCAACUGGGCUCACCUUGGCGUCGCAUGGACGCAUCACACAGGGGCCGGCUGCUGAACCGCCUGGCUGAUCUGAUCGAGCGGGACCGGACCUACCUGGCGGCCUUGGAGACUCUGGACAAUGGCAAACCCUACGUCAUCUCCUACCUGGUGGAUUUGGACAUGGUCCUCAAAUGUCUCCGGUAUUAUGCCGGCUGGGCUGAUAAGUACCACGGGAAAACCAUUCCCAUUGAUGGAGACUUCUUCAGCUACACCCGCCAUGAACCUGUGGGGGUGUGCGGGCAGAUCAUUCCGUGGAAUUUCCCGCUCCUGAUGCAAGCAUGGAAGCUGGGCCCAGCCUUGGCGACUGGAAACGUGGUUGUGAUGAAGGUAGCUGAGCAGACGCCCCUCACUGCCCUCUAUGUGGCCAACCUGAUCAAGGAGGCCGGCUUUCCCCCUGGUGUGGUCAACAUUGUUCCUGGAUUUGGCCCCACGGCCGGGGCCGCCAUCGCCUCCCAUGAGGAUGUGGACAAAGUGGCAUUCACAGGCUCCACCGAGAUUGGCCACCUCAUCCAGGUUGCUGCCGGGAGCAGCAAUCUCAAGAGAGUGACCCUGGAGCUAGGGGGAAAGAGCCCCAACAUCAUCAUGUCAGAUGCCGACAUGGACUGGGCCGUAGAGCAGGCCCACUUCGCCCUGUUCUUCAACCAGGGCCAGUGCUGCUGUGCUGGCUCCCGGACCUUCGUGCAGGAGGACAUCUAUGACGAGUUCGUGGAGCGGAGCGUUGCCCGGGCCAAGUCUCGGGUGGUCGGGAACCCCUUUGACAGCAAGACCGAGCAGGGGCCGCAGGUGGAUGAAACUCAGUUUAAGAAGAUCCUCGGCUACAUCAACACUGGGAAACAAGAGGGGGCGAAGCUGCUGUGUGGUGGGGGCAUUGCUGCUGACCGUGGUUACUUCAUCCAGCCCACCGUGUUUGGAGAUGUGCAGGAUGGCAUGACCAUCGCCAAGGAGGAGAUCUUCGGGCCAGUGAUGCAGAUCCUGAAGUUCAAGACCAUAGAGGAAGUUGUUGGGAGAGCCAACAAUUCCACGUACGGGCUGGCCGCAGCUGUCUUCACAAAGGAUUUGGACAAGGCCAAUUACCUGUCCCAGGCCCUCCAGGCGGGCACUGUGUGGGUCAACUGCUAUGAUGUGUUUGGAGCCCAGUCACCCUUUGGCGGCUACAAGAUGUCGGGCAGUGGCCGGGAGCUGGGCGAGUACGGCCUGCAGGCAUACACUGAAGUGAAAACUAUCACAAUCAAAGUGCCUCAGAAGAACUCAUAAGAACCAUGUGGGCUUCCUCCCUCAGCCAUUGAUGGAAAGUUCAGCAAGAUCAGCGACAAAACCAAGAAAAAUGAUCCUUGCGUGCUGAAUAUCUGAAAAGAGAAAUUCUUCCUACAAAAUCUCUUGGGUCAAGAAAGUUCUAGAAUUUGAAUUGAUAAGCAUGGUGGCUGAGGGUAAGAGAAACCUAUGAGAAACCUUUUAAAUGACAACAAUACUGCUAGCUUUCAGGGUGCAUUUUUAAAAAAUAGAUUCAAAUGUCUUAUCCUCUCUCUGAAACGCUUCCUGUAACUUGAGUUUAUAGGGGAAGAUAAAGCCAUUGUUUACAAUUAUAUCAGCAUGAAGGCAACUGCUACACCCUGCUUUGUAUUCUGGGCUAAGAUUCAUUAAAAACAAGCUGCUCUUAA